AUGGGCACGUCGGAGUUCAGCAACAACUCUGUUGCAGUGAAGCAGUUCGGGCGGAUAUCCUGCGGGGACGGGUGCACGAGGAGUGAACGCGGCCUGACCUACAUCGUCAAGAAGGGCGGUGCAAUCCACAACAAGGGGACGCUAACGUUCGACGGAGACGCCACUUUCGAAAGGAACGUAGCCCACACCGAAAGUUCCAACCAGCGCGGGAAUGGCGGGGCAAUCUCCAACACGGGCUCGGGCACCAUCUUGUUCAAGAGCAAGCUCACAAUGAAGGACAACCAAGCCGACGCGAACUUCGCGGGUCUUGGUGGAGCGAUAUACAACCGCGGAGAAAUCAUUGUGGAAGGCGCAAGUCUUUUCUCUCUCAACCACGCCGCGGCCGGCGGCGGGAUCCACCAGACAUCGAUUGGCACCAUGACCUUCAACGGCAUGGCCACUUUCUCGGAGAAUUUUGCUGGCGAGCCGACAGGGGGCGGUCUGACGAACAAUGGUGGCGUCGUCAACAUCAACGCCGGUAGUCUCUUUGAGCAUAACUGGGCCAGCGCGUCCGGCGACGGCGGCUUCGGUGGAGCUAUUUUCAACACAAAAGGAGGGGUGGUGACGUUGAUGGGAUCUACAACUUUCAGAGAUAACUGGGCCCACUGGGGUGGAGCAAUUUACACCAACGACGCCGAUGGUCCCGGGUCGGUUACCACGUUCCCCGAUGACACCGUGUUCGAAGACAACCGCGCCGAGUACUGUCCGGACGUGCACAACGGCGACGACGACAACUGCCCAGUAGUGUAG